AGAUGGAACUCCGGCAGUCUCUCCUCCUGUGCCUCGUUUACGCUCUCUUCCUCGUGUUCGGCGGCGUCGUGUUUAUGUACCUUCGAAUACGAAGUAAACGUUACGGAGCCUUAUGAAUGGACAAAACUAAAAGCGUUCGCGUUGAAUGAGGAGGCACCAAAGGACGAGGACGAGCUGAUAGCGCUGGCUACGUGGCUCCCAAGAAAAUGCUCAGACAUCACCAAUUCAACGAUUCAGAGCCUAAUUGCGACAGGAUCCCAGCCAGAUGCGGUGCAGGAGGCGGAGCACCUGUGUCCACACCUCCACCAGGUGGAAGUGAAAUACAUGAUGACUUUUAUCGAAUCUCUCUACUUUUCUAUGACCGUCAUUACUACUAUCGGUUACGGUUAUCACUCCCCAGUAACGACAGCAGGUCGAGUUGUGUGUAUGAUUUAUGCUGUUAUAGGCAUUCCCUUAACUGGUAUACUGCUGGCGUGGACGUCUGAGUUCUUCGGCGAACAGCUUUUCAAACUGUUCAAGGCCAAGCUGGACGCGAAGAAGCAGCAAUCGAAAAUGAUCAUCGCUCUCUUCACGUUCAUUUACAUCGCCAUCGGCUUCGUGGUGUUCAUCUUCAUCCCGGCCGUGAUUUUCAUGGUCAUUGAAGAGUGGUCGUACCUGACUGCGAUCUAUUAUGCCUUCAUCACUCUCACUACUAUCGGCUUCGGAGACUUGGUAACCGGGACGCAGGUUGAAGGCUGGCCCCUGUACGUUUAUCAGAUCUGCGUGAUCUUGUGGAUCGUGAUCGGGCUGGGCUACUGGAUCAUGGUGGCCAACUUCAUCACGAAGGCGCUCCAGUCCAAGCGCCUCCAGAGCUCCGUCCUUCGAAGCGCCGAAGAAAUGAAGAAGCUGAUGCAGCAGAUGGGGAUCAAGAACCACGACCCGAGGUUCCUUCGCCAACAUUCCAAAGCCACACUCAAUUUCAUGCUGCAGCUCAGCAACAUCAUCGCGGUGCAGGGCGGGGUCGAGAACGGCGGCCUCGGCGACGACUCGACCGACUCCCCGGGCACCUCCUCGUCGCCCACGAGUCCCUCUUCGCCCUUGGGGAUUCCGGGCAUUUCGGCGCUCUUCGGUCCGGGGAUGAACCGCGCCGCCCCCUUCUCCCAGCUCAUCGGGCCCCUCAGCCGGAGAGUGCUCCUCUUGCACGACGAGGGGGCGUCCAAGGACGACGCGUCGCUUGAGGGAGGAUACGAUAACCAGUUCGCGAGCGACGACUUGGCUGCCGGGGAGGAGAAGGCGUCCAACACCGAGGAGUCGGAGGUGAGCGUCUCGCUGUCCCCGAGAACGUCCGUCGAGGAUCCGGAAUAUCCUCCUGACUGUCUGUUUCAGCCCGAAAGGAAAACGUCCUUUGAAUCGCAAAACACUCUGCAGUUGAAAGACAUGGUGUCUUGAAGAUAAUCUUUCGACUGUGUGUUACGAUAAACCUUGACUUAAGAAAUGGCUGUUGAAACGUCACCUAUAUCGUUCCAUAAAAUGCUCAAAAGAACGCAGCGAAUGGUCUCACAUCCCUGCGUGUGACUCUCAUUGUUUAUAAGGAACUGUCGUGGUGGUGACCUUGAAAAGCCCUUUGGUUGUGACCCAGCUUGUAAGUUCUCAAAGGCGAGACUAGGUCAGGCUUGUCACAAAACGAUUUUGUUAACUGUAAUGGAGGUGAUGUUUGUUGUUGAUCGCCUUUUUACAAAUUCCAGGUCUUUGUUAUAGUAUUUACUAUUCAGGUAUCAAAGAUGGCUCUUUACACUGUCUACAUCAAAAUUACUUUGACACGUUGCUUUCAAGAAUCAACACAGUUAACUUCUGUUGUUGCAUGUUAUAUAUAUAAACAUUAUUCUAAAAAUUGUAAAAAAACUAAGCAUCUAAAGGAGGUAUGCAAUAUUAAAGCCGUUAGAAGUUUAAUGCUACUGAGUUGUUUAUUGAAUGGUGAAAUAUAUAAAUGCAUAUUAGUACGUGUAUAUUUAGAUGUACACGCACAAGCACAUAUACAUGCCAGAUAUCAAACUUUAUUGACAUAUGUGUGUGUUUCCAAAUAUGUAUAUAAAUAUAAAUUAUAUAUAUACAUUAUAUAUCUAUAAUAUAUAUACAUAU